AAUUAAUCUCUCUCUCUCUCUCUCUCUCUCUCUCUUGACCAGCUAGGUUAGCCAUCCUUCAUUGUCAAUUUGCCAGCAAGCAGAAGCAAAUUCUAACACUUGGCUUCGCAUCGCUCUCGCUGCCGUGGCCUUGCCAGCAAAGAACCACGCGAAAGGAGCUUCCAACACCUAGCUGCUCUCUCUCUCUCUCUCUCUCUCUCCUAUACAUAUAAAGAUAUGGGAUCGGUGUUCAGCUCAAGCACAAAGAGCAAAGAAGAGCUAGAAAUGGCGUUGAAAAAGGCAAAGGAGAUUGUAUCCUCCGCACCCGUUGUUGUGUUCAGUAAAUCAUACUGUGGUUACUGCAAUAGGGUGAAGCAGCUGCUCAAACAGCUAGGAGCAAGUUACAAGGUCAUCGAACUAGAUGAGGAAAAUGGAAGUGACAUUCAAUCAGCUCUAGCAGAGUGGACUGGGCUUAGUACUGUACCUAAUGUGUUUAUUGGGGGGAAACACAUCGGUGGCUGUGACACUGUUAUAGAGAAGUACCAGGGAGGACAGCUUGUUCCCCUUCUCACUGAACCUGGUGCCAUUGCCAAGUAACUCUGCGCAGCUGUAAAUAAAGUAGAUAAGAUGUUUCUGUAAACAAGGUGAAGAGAAGAGACUACAUGUUGUGUAAUAACAAUAAGAUUGGGAGGGGCAUUGCAACAAGGGCUAUAGAUUGAAGGAUAAAUGAAGUUUCCCUAUAAUUAAAUUACCAAUAUCCAAUCAUUAAACCUGUUCCUACUCAGGGUUUA